AAAAUCCCAUCUAAGUACGUUACACAGCAAAAGGAUAGCAAAAAGAAAAACGGGCAAAACUACGGUGAUAUUAUUAAUAAAGAUAUAAAAUACGAAGACAGGAAAUGAGAACGAAAAACGGAAAAAACUGUUCACAACCAAAUAUAUGGAGCAAAUAUGUACACAUUCAAACUGUUUCUCAGUGUUACCUUAGUCCAACUACUUCAAUGAAUUUUUCACAUGACCUCUCAAACCAGCUUAUUAUAUUGAUCAUGAGCAAUACACCUAACUGCUUUACUUCGAAAGUCUUUUUGUAUUACGAGUUGCCAUUUGUACUGUGGUCACUAUUUGAGCAAGGUUAUCCCACCAAUCCUUUUCUCAACGAAGUAACUAUACAUAAUGUGGAAAGAAGUCCUGAAUCUAUGACGACGUGUAUUUGGGAAUAAACUAAGGAGACCAGCAGAUGAAGCCACUGAUUAUUAGAAUAAGCCAUGUACGUCGAUGCAAACUACAUAGCUGGGGUUUGAACAAUUAUUGUAACCAAUUGUUGAAGACGUUGAGUGAUAAGGCUAGAAAUCGAUCCCAAUGGAACAGGUGAAUCUACCCUUUACUGACCCUCAGAUUGUGUUUUGAAUUUCCACAUACCCUCUAUUCUAUAGAUCCAUUUUUUCCUCUCAGACCAUAUAGUGUAUCCAUAAUUUCUGCUAUGUUUAUUUAUAGUGUUACUAUUUCUGCUACUUUGGCAAGUUUCGAUAUUUUCAUAUAUCUAUGAACUUGGGGCCAUGCAUACAUGUUGGAUAUGAUUUACUGAGUCUUGUGCACAUAUCCAGUAGAACUGAAAUUCAUUCUGCCCCUUAUAUAUUCCUUUUGUCAUCCACGAAAA